UUAGUUGACCACUAUUCAGUCGAUCCCGAAUCCCAUCACCCAAGACCACAAGAUCGUACAGCUCUGAUUACGCCCAAGUCCGGAAGUCCCCGUCCCCCGAAUCAUAAAAACCAUAUUAGCUUCCCGGUGUUCUAGCGACUCACUGGACACGAACCAGACGAACGAACACAGAAAAAAUACAGUAUCAAGAUCAGCAGAGAGGCCAGUCCCUCGCCGAUCUCCUUGCUGAACUCCGAGAUCUGUUCGGAGUUCUGGCCUCUAUUCCACUUGAGAUCCUUCUCGGCCGAGUUUUCGAAAUCAGUGGAGCUUGGUUUUCUUGCAGCAGCUCAUUGUAGCAUAUUGAAGGAUAAAUGUGUUAUUUCAUGGUUUGAAGGCUUCAGGAGACUCAGUUUUCUUAUGCAUUUUAGGUUAGAACAGAUUUAUAUGAGCUGUGGUAAUGCUAUUCGCAGUGGAAGGAGGAGGUUUCUUUUCCUCUUCAGCAUCAGGAUACAGUAGUGGUCUUGCCCUUCUGCUUCUUAGGCACAAAAAUGAAGAAAGAAACAUGAGAAUUUCUCCUUGGAAUCAAUACCAAUUGGUUCAUCAAGAUGUGGGUCAUGAUGUAAAGCUCGCCUCUUCAAAAAACGAAGCCCCGCAAGGAUGCUCUUCCUUCUCAUGUUUUGGGUGUGGAUCUUCCUGUGAUGAUGGAUCAUUGCAUCCUGAAUCGGGUCCUUCUCACAAUUCUGAAACUUCGACGGAAAAUCCUUCAGAUAGAAUGAAGGUCACAGUCAGUGUCUCGUCUGAUGAGAAUGAAAGGAAGAUAUGGCUUAAGAGUAGUCUUAAGAAACCAUCGACAAAUUGCUGUGUUUUGCUUAGUGAUGGUGAUGCUGCACGCAACUCCAUGGAAGAGGUUCAGAGCAACGUAUCAUGUUUUACUGGAAGGAGAAAAGUUCAAUGGUCAGAUACAUGUGGCAAAGAACUUACCGAGAUAAGAGAAUUUGAGCUAAGUGAUGAUGGUGUUUCAGAGGACGAUUUAGAGCACAAGCAGGCCAGAAGAUGCGAGUGCGUAAUUCAGUAGGGUGUGUCUUCCACUUUUUUGAGAUUUGUGAUUGCAAUAUAAGGAUGGCAAGAAAACUUUUUUUUUUCUCUCUUUUUCCUUUUUCUCUCUAACCUUUUCUUUUUUGUUUCUGCUAUUGGUCUUAGUCGCAGCAUUAACUCAAAUCCUUGUUUAUCAACCAACCUUAAGGAUUUCAAUUUUGUUCAACCACUGGCUGCUUAAGUUUUCUUUGUCUUUUUGUUGCAGCUGCUUUUGUCAAAGGUUUAUUGUAUAUGAUUUCAUUUUAUCA